AUGGGAGACCAGCAGCCCGUCCAAGACCGAUUCAACCUGAGAGGUCGUCUCAAGGACACUCUCAAGGCAACAUUCGCACUGAAAGCUCUCCAUGAUAUGCACCGCAAGUCGCCCUACCUCGUGGACCCAGACCACGCCAUGAAAGCCGCUCUCGUGAUGUCCUGGGGCAAACCGCCACAGUACACCUCGAUCCCUGAUCUGCCGCCGCCGUCACCUACCGAGCUCCAGCUCAAGGUGCUCGCUACCAGCGUGACACGGGUUGUCCGAAGCCGGGCUGCCGGCGCGCACCCUACCACUUCCAAGGUGCCCUUACCCCAUGACCCAAGCGUUGAUGGGGUCGGAAUCGACGAGAUCACAGGCGACAUGUACUACAUCACCCAGCUUGCGGCACCGCUCUUAGCGGAGCGAACGAACGUCAACCUACGACAUGUUGUAAAGCUUGAACCGGGCACCGACCCUGUCAAGGCAGCGGCACUUGCAAACCCGGUGUCAUGCAGCUGGAUGACCCUGCGAUGCCGUGUCAUUGGCGGCUGCCAGGGACGCACGGUACUGAUCAUCGGCGCAACAAGCGCUAGUGGGAGGUGUGCAGCGAUCGUGGCGCGCGCUCUGGGCGCCACUCGCAUAAUCGGCUUGUCGCGCAAUGAAGACACGCUCGCCGCGGUGGAGGGGCUCGACGAUCGCGUCGUGCUCCAGGAGCCCUUUGCCCUUCCUCCCAGUGUGGGGCCGGUGCAUAUUGUGCUGGACUACAUCGGCGGUGGCCCUGUAGCUUCGGGCAUUCUGCAGACAGCUCGGUGUGUGCGCGGAGAAAACUUGCAGUACGUGCAAGUGGGGAAUAUUGCGGACCGACCGCAUAUCUUUGACGUGGUGCCUAGCUACCUGAUCAACCAACGACCCAUUUGCAUCCUGGGCACUGGACUAGGCUGUUUCACCGUCGAGGAUUGGAGGAGGGAAUUGCCGGAAAUCAUGAAGAUGACUUCCCAGAUGCACAUCCCAUUCCUGAUCUUCACCGUUCCUCUGAGCGAUGUUGCUUCUGCGUGGGAAUCUGAAGAAACUGUGACCAAGAGAUUGGUUUUGACGCCUGGUGCAUGA